GGUGAUCGGAUGGGUCCCACGGAGCGGCCGCUAGUCGCUACCCGUCAGUAGCUGUUGGUGGGUGGUGUCGUCCGGCUCGCCGACGACGACUGGCUGUGUGUGACAUACCCGGACACGGACAACUGUAGGCUUCUAGGGAGCCGAGAUUCUUGGACAGCGACUCGGAUCGACCUGCUGCUGGACCUCUUCCCAACACAUCAACAACAGCAAUCAUCGUCCCAUCCGGGACUGGUCUUGGACAAUCGCCGACGUUCGUUCUUCUACUUGGGCCUGGACCUCUCUUCAGCAGCAGCAGCAGCACCACCAAACCACUUCCCUCACCUGAAAGCCCACCUCCCCGACUCCCCUUCAAGCUCCCCGCUCCAAGAGCCACCAUAAUCAGAUUCACUUUCAACUCUCAACGCUGACCAUGCCGGCGGCUACGAGCCGCAAGGCGGGCGGCGGCGGCGGCAGGAACAAGGUGGCGACGGCGGCAGGAAGUGAGCAAGGGGCAGCAGUGACCCGCAGCAGUCGCCAGCAGCAGCAGCAGCAGCAGCAGGCGCUGGACGCCGACGACGAGACGAACGCCGGCUUCGGCAAGUACCUACGCUCGCAAGAAGGUAUCGAAAUGAUGAAGCUGUUCGUGAUCGCCAACACGCUGGUGGUGUUCAUGACGAUGGCCUGGCCGCAGAUGCAGCAGUCCUACCAAAUGCUGCGCUCCAUCUUUUACGGCGAAGCCGACGAAGACACCACCUACCCGUAGGCCU